AGGAUGUCGCCUACGUAUGAUCCAAAUGAUAAUGAAGCUGGUAUGAAGCUUUUGGAGGACCUGACUACAUAUGCGUAUCAAGUGCAACAACAGGUAUUAGCGGAGAUACUAACUCGAAAUAUUCACACAGAAUAUCUUAGGAGCUUUCUCAAUGGUCAUUCUGAUAAGAAAACCUUCAAGGAGAAAGUUCCUGUUGUGGAUUAUGAAGAUGUCAAGCCUUACAUCGAGCGUAUUGCCAAUGGAGAGCCAUCAGAGAUAAUUUCAGCUCAACCAAUCACCGAGCUCCUCACAAGCUCGGGAACUUCAGGAGGGCAGCCAAAGAUGAUGCCUUCAACUGCAGAAGACUUGGAUAGAAAGACAUUCUUCUAUAACCUCCUUGUGCCAGUGAUGAACAAGUAUGUCGAAGGCUUAGAUCAAGGAAAAGGAAUGUACCUUUUGUUUAUCAAACCCGAAAUUCUUACUCCUUCCGGGUUGAUGGCCAGACCUGUCCUAACAAGCUAUUACAAGAGCAAUUACUUUAUAAACCGGCCUUUCAAUCGGUUUAAUGUUUACACCAGCCCGGACGAGACUAUCUUGUGUCCAGACAGCAAGCAGAGCAUGUACUGCCAAUUACUUUGCGGUUUGGUACAGAGGGAUGAAGUUCUAAGGGCUGGUGCUGUUUUUGCAUCUGCUUUUCUAAGGGCUAUCAAGUUCUUGGAGGAUUAUUGGAUAGAGCUGUGUUCUAACAUUAGAGCUGGUCAUAUCAGUGACUGGAUAACUGAUCCCAGUUGCAGAAAGGCUGUAUCCCUUAUCCUUUGCAAACCCUGUUCAGAUUUGGCUGAUUUGAUCGAGUAUGAAUGUGGCAGCAAAUCAUGGGAAGGGAUAAUUAAAAAGCUUUGGCCUAAAACAAAGUACAUUGAAGUCAUUGUUACAGGGUCUAUGGCUCAAUACAUUCCUACACUGGAAUUUUACAGCGGUGGACUCCCUUUAGUAUCAACCAUGUAUGCUUCUUCCGAGUGCUACCUCGGAAUCAAUUUGAAACCGCUAAGCAAGCCUUCUGAUGUCUCUUACACACUCCUCCCAAACAUGGCCUACUUCGAGUUCCUACUGGUAGAGAAAAACCUUGAAGAAGAAUCUGAGAAGAUCCAAUGCAAUAGUGUUUCUGAUCAGAAUUGCACUCGUGAGGAGAAUAAAAAGGCAAGAAUGGAAAUAGUCGAUCUAGUGGACGUGAAGCCGGGUCACUAUUACGAACUUGUUGUCACAACUUUUACAGGCCUGUAUAGAUACAGAGUUGGAGACAUUCUCAUGGUUACUGGUUUCCACAACAACGCUCCCCAGUUCCGGUUUGUGCAUCGUCGAAAUGUAGUUUUGAGCAUAGACACAGACAAAACAAAUGAAGAAGACUUGUUAAAUGCAGUGACACAAGCAAAAUGCCGCCUGCUCGAACCGCUUGGCUUUCUCCUGACUGAGUACACUAGCUAUGCUGACACUUCAUCAAUCCCAGGUCAUUAUGUAUUAUAUUGGGAGCUUAAAAUGAAAGGAAAUAAUGAUUUGCCAGAGCUUGAUCAUUCUGUAAUGGAACGAUGCUGCUCCAUAGUGGAAGAUUCACUGGAUUCUGUGUAUAGGAGAUGCAGGAAAAAGGACAACUCGAUUGGACCUCUAGAGAUAAGGGUGGUGAAGCAAGGGACAUUUGAUGCGCUCAUGGAUUUUUGUGUGUUUCAAGGGUCUUCUGUUAACCAAUACAAGACGCCCCGGUGCAUUAAAUCAGAUGAAGCCAUUGAGAUACUGAACGCAAGGGUGAUGGGAAGGUUUUUCAGUAAGACAGUUCCAUUUUGGGAGCCAUUUAGGAUGUUGGCUUAAAAAAUGACAAUGAAACGGUAGUCGUGUAAG